AUGGUUGACCUACAUACCUUUGAUGUUACCGGGUUUAUGGACAGGGGUGAUGUUUCUGUAGGUCCUCGAGAAGGAGGAUAUGCAUGGUAUCCUUCUUGGAUUAUGCGGGAUUGGGACCCGAUCAUGCAUGACUGGUGUAAGGCAUCAAAUACGGGCGAAACCAGCAGCGACGACGGGGAGGAGGAGGAUCCUGCUGUAAAGGAUACUGAGGCAGCCCGAGUCGUUCACAAUCUUUCUUCACAUCCCGAAGAUGCAGAUAUCACUCGCCAUUCUCAUAUCUUUGAGGCGGUUCAUAUCGCACUCAAUCAGCCAGAGCUAUCAGCUGAAAUCAUGUACAAACUCAUCAAGUACGUAUUCAAGAAGAAAUGGGUUAUCAUGAGGGACCUACUGCUCGGAAUCGAACAGGGUGACUGGAUGAAAGAUUCAUAUAGAGGUGACGGCGAAAGUUAA